UCCCUGGAUUGAACAACAACUGAACGUACACUACAGCUUCUACUCAAGGGAGCGACAGAUCGACUGUGGGAAUCAUGAAAUAGCAGCACUGCUCUUUGCAUCCAUGAACUGUGUGUCAUAAAGUUCUCGGUCACGGCAUGUCCUCUCUGUGCUGGAUUUUUUGAUGGGGCUUUUAAGGUUAAAGAUGCCGCCGAAGUUUCAGCUCCUGGCUCUGUUGGCCUUCGCCAUUGCGAUGAUCUUUUUGGAAAACCAAAUACAGAAGCUUGAGGAGUCACGGGGAAAGCUGGAACGAGCCAUUGCCAGACACGAGGUACGAGAGAUUGAGCAACGACACAUUCAAGAGGGGGCAAAGGAGACCCUGGUAGAAGAGGACGAUUUGGUGGUCAUCUACAACCGAGUGCCCAAAACAGCCAGUACCUCCUUCACCAACAUCGCCUACGACCUGUGCAACAAGAACCAUUACCAUGUGCUGCACAUCAACACCACCAAAAACAAUCCUGUCAUGUCUCUUCAGGAUCAGGUACGGUUUGUAAAGAAUGUGACUUUAUGGAAGGAGAUGAAGCCUGCGUUCUACCAUGGACAUGUUUCUUUUCUGGACUUCACCAAAUUUGGUGUGAAGAAAAAGCCUAUUUACAUAAAUGUUAUUCGGGACCCUAUUGAGCGUCUGGUGUCUUACUACUAUUUCCUGCGCUUCGGUGAUGACUACAGACCAGGCCUACGACGCAGAAAGCAAGGAGACAAGAAGACGUUUGAUGAGUGUGUAGCUGCUGGAGGAUCUGACUGUGCUCCAGAGAAACUGUGGCUUCAGAUUCCCUUCUUCUGUGGUCAUUACUCUGAGUGCUGGAACAUUGGCAGCAGAUGGGCUUUGGAGCAAGCCAAAUACAACCUGGUGAAUGAAUAUAUGUUAGUUGGAGUGACAGAGGAGUUGGAAGACUUUGUGAUGAUGUUGGAGGCGGCACUUCCUCGCUUUUUUAAGGGGGCCACCGAACUCUAUCGGACAGGAAAGAAAUCGCACCUAAGGAAAACGAGUGAGAAGAAGCCGCCCACCAAAGAGUCUAUAGCCAGACUGCAGCAGUCAGACAUCUGGAAAAUGGAGAAUGAGUUUUAUGAGUUUGCAUUAGAGCAGUUCCAAUACGUUCGGGCUCACGCGGUGAGAGAAAAAGAUGGAGAACUGUACCUACUGGCACAGAACUUUUUCUAUGAGAAAAUCUACCCAAAGACUACCUGAGACUCAGCGGUGCUCCAUAACACUGUAUGCUGUGGUCGGAAACACUGGAGAGAGGACGCAAUACAUUCUGCCUGACUGUUCUCCAUCUGGAUGUGUGCAUUUAGAGCGACUGAAAUGAGUCUCUGCCACAGGGAAGAGUCUUGGGGCCAAAUAGCUGUCAAAGAGCUUUAUUCCCCCAAUACAUAUCACUUCAAAAAAGGCUUAAAAGCUCUCCGAUGAGCUUUAAAAGUGACUGGGGUCUUGUUCGUGUCGUUAUUCAAGACAACCGUCACCUUUCUGCCAUAGGGAUUUGAUACAGGUGCUGCCACGUCAGAAUGUUUUGUUAUUGUUUUCCACAUUCAGAAAGUUUUGUUAUCGUACUUAUUUAAUGCAUUAAUAGUUAUAGUUUUGUUUUUGUGUUUUUGACUGAUUGAUGCUGUUUUGGGAGUUUUUACAUCUUAUUUUAAAGUGUAAAAAAGUACAGAUGACUACUAAACAUUCUUGAAGUUAUUGAAGCUCGUUUCCACCACUGAAUAAAAAAGGUAAUUGUGACCUUUUAUCUUACAAUUCUGACUUUUUUCUCAGAAUAUAAAGAUAUAAACUUGCAAUUGCAAGUUUUAAAGUCAGAUUUGUGACAUUUAAACCCGCAGUUCUGAGAAAUAAAGUCAGAAUUGUGAAAUAAACUCGCAAGUGCAAGUUAUAAAGUCAGAAUUGUAAGGCAAAAACUCACAAUUCUGAGGAAAAGGUCAGAAUUGUGAGCUUUUAUCUCCAAAUUCUCCAAAUGGCAAUUGCAAGUUUAUAUCUCCAUUCUGAGAAAAAGUCAGAAUUUUAAAUUUUGAGAUAAAAACUUGCAAUUCUGACUUUUUUCAUUUCAAAAUUCUGACUUUAUAACUUGCAGUUGCGAGUUAGUAUCUCAGUUGUGAGAAGAAUAGUCAGAUUUGUGAGUUUUUAUCGUAAAAUUCUGACUUUAUAACUCGCAAUUGUGAGUUUAUCUCAAUUCUGAGAAAAAAAGGCAGAAUUGCUAGUUUAUAUCUCACAGUUUUGAGAGAAAAGUCAGAAUUGCGAGUUUUUAUCUCAAAUUUCUGACAUUAUAACUUGCAAUUGCGAGUUUAUAUCUCAGUUCUGAGAAAAAGUCACAACUGAGUUUAUAUCUCAGAACUCUUAAGGAAAAAAAAGUCAUAAUUGCACGUUUUUCUUUUAAAAUUCUGACUUAAUAACUUGCAAUUGCAAGUUCAUAUCUCAAUUCUGAGGAAAAAAAAAGUCAGAAUUGUGAGUUUAUAUCUCCAAAUUCUGACUUUAUAACUUGCAAUUGUGCUUUUAUAUCUCAAUUCUGAGGAAAAAAAAGUCAGAAUUGAGUUUUUAUCUGGUAAUUCUGAUGUUAUAACUUGCAAUUGCAAGCUCAUAUCUCAAUUUUGAGAAAAAAGUCAGAAUUGCGAGUUUUUAUCUCAAAAUUCUGACUUUAUAACUUGCGAUUGAGUUCAUAUCUCUCAAAUCUGAGAAUUUUUAUCUUGUAAUUCUGAUUUUAUAACUUGCAAUUGCAAGUUUGUAUCUUAAUUCUGAGAAAAAAUCUGAAUUGUUUGUUUUUAUCUCGCAAUUCUGGCUUUAUAACCUUAUUAACUCGCAGAAAAAAGUCAGAAUUGUGAGAUAAAGUGUCUCAGUAACCUUUUUUUUUUUUUUAUUCAGUGGCGGAAACGGCUUUCAUAUGAAACUCUUUAUGAAAUUUUUUUUUUUUUUCAUUAUAGUAAAAUGAGGAAUACUUUAUUUCCUGGACUUUCUUAAGGCUAUUUAUGGGAUUUUUUUUUUUUUUUUUUUUUUUUUUUUUGAAAUACACAGAUGUGGAUGUACUUCACAUAUUUAAAAACACGUCUUGUCUUUGAAAUAUCAGAAUAUUUUGUUGAAAAAAAAAAAAAAAAUCCAUUUACUGUUUGCAUUUUUCAGCAAUUGCAUAUAAUAUAUUUUUAUCUACAAAUGUAUGUAAAUACUGGUCAUUACAGUUACAGUUGGACCAAAACAUUCAAAUAUGGGAGGAUAAAGAAUCGAAGAUAAAAUGUUUAUCUGCAUGUGGAUCGUUUUAGUGUUGCUGGUCUUGGUUAAACGGCUGUUCUUUUGUUUUAAUUAGGCUAGCUUUUAUAUAUUUUAUGAUAUGAUAAUUCAGUGUUUUUUUAUAGUUCAAACAUAGUUUUUUUUUUUCCCAAGGACUCUCAUGUAAAGCCUCUCACGGCAACAUACCAUUAGUCUGCUGCUUUAUCAUUUAGAGAUCAUGGAUUGUAAAAGCGUUCAUUGAAAGAUAAAUUCUAAAUUCUUCAAGACUGUGCCUUUUUUCCUAUAACACAGAGCUGUUAUUACAGCCAGUGUAAAUAUGACUUGAAAUCUCAGCAUAUGAAUAUGUGAGGAAUUGUUUUACAACGUGAAAUGUAGGGACAGUUACAUAGAUUGUCAUUAACGUCAUUGUGGAAAUAGGCAACCAUCAGAAAAUUGUUUGCCUUGUUGAUGGUACUACAAGAGUGGAAUUGAUGUCUUUUUGAAAAUGGAAAUUUGUCUCCUGAGUACACUAUACAGUUCCAGUGUUUAUAUGUACAUGAUCUUUACUAAACACACAUUUGUGCAUGAAAUGGGUGCUGGAUUGCACAUUUGCCCUAAAAAUCUCCAAAACAAAACAUGAGUAGAACAGUAGGUCUUUGUGACAAAUUAUCACUUCCUUCUUAAAAAAUAUUUUGAUGUUGUACAGGUUCUUUUAGAUGUUUUUAGAGUAUCAAAAUCAAUCUGUACUGUGUAUGAAACUCUAGAGAAACCUAUACAUAUAAAAUAUGUAUCAGUUUUAAUAUUUCUCCGUUAUUUCACAGUGCCACCAUGUGAGCCUGUAUUUGCUUUAUUCUUUGUUUUUUUGUUUGUUUGUUUUUUGUUUUGUUUUUUGUUUUUUUCAUUUAAAAUUAAUGAGACUUCAAGAGUUUGCUCUUUUCUGCUGACAUUGCCGAGGCAGAUUUGAAAACAGAUAUUUGGAUAUGUCAACCAUAAUAAAAAAAGAGCUUGAUUUAUUUA